AUGCUGCUUCUAGCUUUAGCUUUUUUUCUAACACUACUGCAGUGCUCUGAUGUCCAAAAUAAAAUAAGCACUACAAGUGCAGACUGUGAUACUGUUGAAACAGAUACAGGUGUGACCCUGGAUUUGGUCAACAGACAUAGCAGAGAUGGCUUUGGUUUUGGUUUGUUCCGUGUUGCUGAUGCACAUAAACGACACAUAGACAAUCUGAAAUUCAUCACUCCUCUACUGGAUGUGCUAGAAACUGAAUGCUCUGUGUUAUCCAGAAGACACUGGGAGUCUUGUGAAUAUAGGAACAUCUAUUCCAUGGACUCUGGGCAAUGUAAGAUUAUCACAAAUAGAAGCCAGCUGCCAAAGAAACCUCAGCUAUAUGGAUUUAACUGUACAUUAAGUCCUGUUCCUCCUGAUUUAUUGGAGUGCAAAGAUUGUCCUGUGAAAGUUGAAGUCACUGAGUAUUACAAAAAUAUUGCUGCAAAGGCUCUAGAGAAAUUCAACAAUGAGAGUAACCACAUAAACUACUUCAAUGUGAAUAAAGUUGAAAAGAUUUUAAAGAUGACUGCCUCUCAUGAAGGUCACAUUUUAGAAUUCUCUAUAAAAGAAACCAACUGUUCCAAAUCCACACAACAAGCAGAUCAGGCAUUGGAAUGUGAAUUUCUGGAUGACUCUCACACUCAACAUGACUAUGGGCAAAGAUGCAGAUAUUCAGCUCUUGGAAAACCACACAGACAUUUCCAUCCCCAUCAUCGUUUUGGUCACAGACAUUGUUACAGACAUCACCACAAACAUUGUCACAGACAUGGACAUCCAUUCAGUCUUGAAGAUGCUGAGCAUAACGACAGUUUCAAUGAAGAACAUCAUGACAACCAUGAAGGACCUGCUCCUCCUUCUUCCCCCCCCCAUGGUGGACCACAUCACCACCUUCACCUUCCACAUUAUUGUCCUCCAUCUCCCCAUGACGGACCACAUCCUCUUCCCCAGGAGGAAUCACAACCACCCCCUUCUGCUCCUCCUCCCCAUGAUGUAACACAUCACCCUACUCCAUCCCAAGAACAAUUAUAUAAUCUCCCUUCUCUUCCUCCUCCCCAUAAUGAGCCACAUAAUGCUCCUCUUGGUCCCCAUCAUAGACCACACUGUCCCCUCCCUCCUCAUGGACCACACCACCACCAUUCUCUCCAUCAUGGACCACAUUGUCCUUUUCCUCCUCAUGAACUACAUCACUACCACCCUCCUCCCCAUCAUGGACCACACCACCCAUCUCAUGGCUGUCAUCACUAUUACAGACACCACUGCAACAAGACAAGCAUAUCAGGAAAAGACUUUCCAUUCCAAGUAACAGGAGCUGUCUAUCGCAACCCAGUUCUCAAUCAACAGGACCCUCUCACACCUCCCACUGCAAAUUUUCCUGAGCUAUUCCAAAGAAACUCGCACUCCUCCAUCGAUGGUGAAGGCGUUCUCUUCACUGGCUCAAAUCUAAAUGAGAUGCUAGAAGCUCUGGGUUUUCCAGAUCACUCUACACAAUCAAAAUCAUGCCCAGGAAACCCCAAAUUUCUUCUUCCAAAAAUUUUGCCUAUUUUGCCUCAUUCAAUUCUAACCAACAGAAAAAUUCCCAAAUAG